ACAAGUUUUUUUUUUUACCAUUUCAACCACUUCACCUUCCACUCCAGUGGCCAAAAUGGCUGUAAGAAUUCCCCUCACUCACCUCCUGGUAUGCCAUUUCUUGGUGGCAGCCAUGGCAACGCUAGAUGUGUCAGAGGAGGAGGGCAACAUGAGGUACAAGGACUCGACGCAGCCGAUGAAUCUUCGGAUAAGGGACCUGCUAAACCGAAUGACGCUACCCGAGAAGAUCGGGCAGAUGGUCCAGAUCGAGCGAGCAGCAGCGAGCCCUGACGUCGUAAGGAAUUACUCGAUCGGCAGUGUCUACAGCGACGGAGAGAGGAGCGUGUCGUCGUCCCCGACGGCCACUCCUCAGGAGUGGAUUGAGACGAUCAACGAGCUGCAGGCUGCGGCGAUGUCCAGCCGGCUUGGGAUUCCGUUGAUGUACGGGAUCAACGCCGUCCAUGGCCACAACACUGCCUACCGAGCCACCAUUUUCCCUCACAAUGUCGGCCUCGGCGCCACCAGGGAUCCUGCCCUGGUGAGGAGGAUUGGCGCUGCAACAGCAUUGGAAGUUAGAGCUACUGGGAUCAACUACGUGUUUGCUCCUUGUGUUGCUGUUUGUAGGGAUCCAAGAUGGGGAAGGUGCUACGAGAGCUACAGUGAGGAUCCUACGAUUGUGAGAGAAAUGACAGAGAUCAUACCAGGGUUGCAAGGAGACAUGCCUUCCGGCUGGAAAACAGGCUCUCCUUUCGUCGGGGGAAGGGAAAAGGUUGCUGCUUGUGCCAAACACUAUGUGGGCGAUGGUGGGACGAAGAAUGGAGUGGACAAAGAGGACACAGUGGGAAGCUUCCACAACUUGCUGAGCGUUCAUAUGCCGGCUUAUAUGACGUCGGUGAUCAAGGGCGUUUCGACGAUCAUGACGUCUUAUAGCAGCUGGAACGGGGAGAAGAUCCACAAUCACCGGUUUCUGGUCACUGAAUUCCUCAAGAACACCCUCCAUUUCAGGGGGUUUGUGAUCUCGGACUGGAAAGGCGUCGACAAGAAUGCAAACUACACUGACUCUGUUAUGGGAGCAAUUUCAGCAGGGAUCGACAUGGUCAUGGAUCCUGAGAAUCACACCAUGUUCAUCGAUGUCCUGACGGAGCUUGUCAACCUGAAGGCCAUCCCUAUAUCGCGUAUUGACGAUGCAGUUGGAAGGAUCCUGAGAGUCAAAUACGCUAUGGGCCUUUUUGAGGAUCCUUGGGCCGACGAGGCCCAUGUGGAUCACCUUGGAAGCCAGGCUCACCGAGAUCUGGCAAGAGAAGCCGUCAGGAAAUCGCUCGUGCUCCUGAAGAACGGGGACAACGAGACAGGUCCGUUGCUGCCUCUUCCGAAACACAGCUCCAGGAUUCUGGUGACCGGAACACACGCCAACAACUUGGGUUACCAGUGCGGCGGGUGGACCAUGUCCCAACAAGGCCUCACCGGCAACAACAUCACCGCCGGAACCACCAUCCUGAGCGCCAUCACCUCCGCCGUCGAUCCCACGACGGAGAUCUUCUACCACACAAACCCGCCGGCCGACUUCCUCGAGUCCAACAACUUCACCUACGCGAUCGUGGUCGUCGGGGAGACGCCGUAUGCCGGGUCACGGGGAGAUGACGCCAACCUGACGAUAUCGGAAGAAGGGCGCGGUACUAUUUACAACGUGUGCGAGUGGGUGAAGUGCGUCGUCGUUUUGGUAUCGGGCAGACCGCUCGAGAUUCAACCCUACCUGCCCAAGGCGAGGGCGCUCGUUGCGGCUUGGCUGCCCGGGACGGAAGGGCAGGGGGUUGCUGACGUGUUGUUUGGGGACUAUGAGUUCACCGGAAAGCUUCCUCGUACUUGGUUCAAGUCGGUGGAUCAAUUGCCCAUGAACGCCGGCGACAAGAAUUAUGACCCGCUGUUUCCAUUAGGGUUUGGGUUGGUGGCCAAGGCUGGAGGAUCUCAGGAUAGUUAGAUAGGCAGGCUCUAGCUUUGGGAUUAUUCUUCUCUAAAUUUUCAUUGUUUUAGUGUGAUCUUUCAUUUAUCCUUAUGACACAUUAGUUUUGGGAUUUUAGAAUAAUGUAGAUGAGAAGCUUAGAUGAUUGGUGGAUUUACUAAAUUAUAAUGAAGGGGUUGAAAUUGUUUUUAUAUGGGAUAAGUAUUCAAUUAGGUUUAAAUAUUUAAUUGAGCUGCAUUAGAAAUGAUGAGACGAUUUAUUUUCGCAGUUUGAUUUCGACGGUCGAAGUUGCUCCUUUUUAUAAAUUUUCUCAAAAAAACGAAUAUGACGACGUUGCCUUCAUGAAGGACUUCGAGUCUUAUUAAGAGAUUUACCACAUAUUUACUUUGUUCGAUGUCAGUAAUUGAAAAUCGGUUAGGAUGAAUGCCUUUUGUAUGUUGACAAAUAAAUUAAAGUUCAUGAAAUUAUACUCGUCAUAAAAAUAAAAGGAAAAUCAUCAAAAUAUUAUCAUUGGAUUAUCUUAUAAUCUAAGUGUAUCAUAAUUGUCGAAGUUUUUUUAUUUUUUAAAACAACCCAUCAAAUAUGUACAAAUUUCAAUUGGACGCCACUAUAAGAUCAUAAACACUAAAAAAAAUUUAAUUAUCGUAUCCAAGAAACGUUCUAGGAUCGUUACUUUUCAAGAAGUUUAGAGUAGCUGAAAAACAAUGAGUAAAACACUUGACGAGAAAUCGCGCAUAGAUCUAUUGAUGGUAUGGUGCAAACCGCAAUCACAUUAAUAUAUGUUACAUAGAGAU